CCGACUCCUAAUUCUCUUCUUUGGGGGCUCUUUUCUUUCUCCGUCUACUUUUCAAUUUGUGAUUUGUGGGCUUUUGUUUAACCUUUCCUCUCCCCCUCCCCCUCCAAAUUCCCGCCAAGUGGGCAGACCGUCAAAAUGGCUAUGCAGCUUGAUCUGUCUCAAGCUUCUGUGAUGAAGGAUGAACAAGGCCGGCCGUUCAUCGUUGUUCGGGAUCAAGGCAAGAAGAAGAGACAGCAUGGUACUGAAGCCGUCAAGUCACACAUUGUCGCCGCGAAGACGGUUGCCAACAUCGUCAAGACAUCUCUGGGUCCCCGCGGUCUUGACAAGAUUCUUAUCUCCCCCGAUGGCGAUAUCACCGUGACGAACGAUGGCGCUACUAUUCUCGGCCAGAUGGAAAUCACAAACAACGUUGCCAAGCUUUUGGUUGAGUUGUCGAAGUCUCAAGACGAGGAAAUCGGUGACGGAACUACUGGUGUUGUGGUUUUGGCGGCAGCCAUGCUGGAGCAAGCGUCAGAACUCAUCGACAAGGGUAUCCACCCUAUCCGGAUCGCAGACGGAUACGACCAGGCCUGUGAGAUCGCGAUUGCACAACUUGAUAAGAUCAGCGACGAGAUCCCCUUCUCCAAGGAGGACACCUCCAACCUUCUGAAGGUUGCCAAGACGAGUUUGGGUUCCAAGAUCGUUUCCAAGUCCCACGACCAAUUCGCCAAGAUCGCCAUCGAUGCUGUCCUCUCCGUGGCCGACCUCGAGCGCAAGGAUGUCGAUUUCGAGCUGAUCAAGGUUGACGGAAAGGUUGGAGGUGCUCUUGAGGACUCUCUCCUCGUUAAGGGUGUUAUUGUCGACAAGGACUUCUCUCACCCUCAGAUGCCGGAUGAGGUCCGGGAUGCUAAGCUGGCUAUCUUGACCUGUCCGUUUGAGCCCCCGAAGCCCAAGACCAAGCACAAGCUCGACAUCACAUCCGUGGAGGAGUUCAAGAAGUUGCAGGACUACGAGAGGGAGAAGUUCACAGAGAUGAUCCAGAACCUGAAGGAUUCCGGGGCCAACCUGGUCAUCUGCCAGUGGGGUUUCGACGACGAGGCCAACCACCUUCUUCUCCAGAACAAGCUUCCUGCUGUCCGUUGGGUCGGUGGACCCGAGAUUGAGUUGAUCGCUAUCGCCACGAAUGGUCGCAUCGUUCCUCGCUUCGAGGAUCUGAGCCCAGAGAAGCUUGGAACUGCCGGUCGCGUUCGCGAGAUGACCUUUGGUACUACCCGGGAGAAGAUGUUGGUGAUCGAGGAGUGCGCCAACAGCCGUGCCGUCACGGUCUUCGUACGAGGAAGCAACAAGAUGAUCAUUGACGAGGCCAAGCGUUCGCUACACGAUGCUCUUUGCGUUGUGCGCAACCUUGUGCGCGAUAACCGUGUCGUCUACGGUGGUGGUGCUGCCGAGAUUGCCUGCUCCAUCGCUGUUGAGGAUGCUGCUGUGAAGAGCCCUGGUAUUGAGCAGUACGCCAUGCGCGCAUUCGCCGAUGCCUUGGAUGCUAUCCCCUUGGCGCUGGCUGAGAACUCCGGCCUGAGCCCCAUUGAGACCCUGGCUUCGAUCAAGUCGCGCCAGGUCAAGGAGAACAACUCCCGCUUGGGUGUCGACUGCAUGCUGACUGGCAACAACGACAUGAGAGAGCACUUCGCCAUCGACCCCUUGAUCGGCAAGCGCUCGCAGCUCCUGCUCGCCACCCAGCUUUGCCGCAUGGUUCUUAAGAUCAACAACGUCAUCAUCUCCGGUGACGAUGACCAGGAAUUCUAGAUUUCUUGUAUACAGGAAUGUAAUUUUUUCUUCUUCUUAUUCUGCAGGCUAAAAGAGAGUCCACCACCUUUGGCGUUUACAGUCACAUCGGGGCUAAAGAUGAUAAUCCUACUUACUUUCUUCAAUAUAUGUUCCUCUCGGCAAGAGUAAUGAACAAACCGAGGUGGUGCGCGUGGUGGGGUGUCACUAUGGUUGUUGGUACAUAGAGAAAACUAAGGGAAUCAAACAAAGUACAAUAAAUUUCCAUGGC